AUGACGAUGUGCAGAAAAUCGGUCCUCGUCACAGGCGCAUCAGGCCUUCUAGGCCGGCAAGUCGUAGAGGUUUUCGAGCAAAGCAAUUGGGCUGUGACCGGCACUGGCUUCUCCCGAGCAAAUGGCAAAACCUUGAUCAAGGUUAACCUGGAAAAUUCGACCGAGGUGAAAAGCGCCCUCGAUGAAGUGAAGCCAGAUGUUGUCGUUCACUGUGCGGCCAACCGCUUCCCCGACAAGGUCGAAAAUGAUCCCGAAGGUACACGCCGCCUCAAUAUUGAGGCAUCCAGGAAACUAGCUCAGCUGUGCGCAUCCCGUGGGAUCACACUAAUCUACAUAUCCACCGAUUACGUCUUUCCCGGCAAGCCUGGCGAGGCACCGUACGAGGUUGAAGCAGCACCGGCGCCAACGAAUUUGUAUGGACAGACAAAGUUGGACGGUGAGAGGGCCGUCCUUGGUGUCUACAACGAAGCACAGCAACUGGAAAAGACGAAGAAGGGUCAUGCAGUUAUUCUGCGAGUUCCGGUGCUGUAUGGCCGGGUAGAGAAGCCGGCUGAGAGCGCCAUCAAUGUACUCAUGGACAUUGUGAACAAGGUGCAAGCGGAAGGGGUCACAGUGAAGAUGGACGACUGGUCGAUCCGCUAUCCGACAAAUACGGAAGAUGUGGCGCGUGUCCUGAAAGAUAUCGCUACCAAGUAUACCGAAGCAGUUGAUGCCGACCUGCCACCGGUUUUACAGUUUUCGAGCGAGGAUCGGUUUACCAAAUACGAGAUUUGCCGACUCUUUGCGGAGACAUUGGGUGUUAACAUUGACCGCCUAUUACCUGACCCAACCGGCGGUAAUACCAGCUCUAUACAGCGACCAUACGAUUGCCACCUUAGCACGAAGGCCCUCAAGGAUCUGGGGAUCGAUGUGCACACUCAAGAUUUCAGGGGCUGGUGGCGGUGGCAGACAAAGGCAUUUCGACACUGA